UAUCCAAAAAGGAAGUGAAGAAAAUGCGAGAGAAUAAAAAAUGUUAAAAAAAAAGUAAAACAAAGGACGCGCAGCAAGGAGAGUAGGACGCGUUUGAAGAGAGGUAUCAUCUUAUAUUUCAUUCACGCCUCUACACAAAUUCAGAUCGGCACAGUGCAUCACGAUUCCUUCUUGCUGAAGGAAAAAUAGAAAGAGGGCAGGGAAGGGUUAACAACUCCUCAAGUCAACUCAAACCCUAAUUCAACCUGUGCACUUCAAUUCAAUUCUCCAUUGAAGGAAGCACAUUAAAAUAUCAUUGCUCUUGGGAAUAACAGGAGCAAAAUAUUUGUUGAUUAUCAUUGCCCUCGGCCGAUCGAGAUCGUCGGGUGCCUCUGCAAUUUGUUUUCUCAAAAGGAGUCAUGUUCAAGUCUUUCUGGGGAACGCAGCAGCAAUCACCACAACAGCAGGCUCCAAAUAUUCCAACUCAGUCAUGGUAUCCACCUUCUGUGCUGAGUCCAUCUACAAGCUCUUCUCGGCCUGCAACUCCCAAUAAUUUACUCUCAGCUGGGCAAAGUCCACGCUCUAGACCACCAACAGUUGGAAAUAACAAUGUGGAUUCUCGUCCACAAUCACCAUCUUAUUCUCAACCAUCACCAGCUGCUGGCGCAAGUAUAAUUCCUCUUUUGAGAGACAAAAGUGUGGAUGAACUGCGAAAGAUUUUGUCAGAUAAAAAAGCUUAUAAUGAAAUUUUCCAUUCGAUUGAUCAAGUCAAGGACCAGGAUGCACUGCAUGAUGAGCUUCAGAGGGAGACAACACAACUUGCAAGAAAAAACCUACACAAGGAGUCACAGAUUGUGGAGCUGAGAAAUCAGUGCACAAUCAUUAGAACAACAGAGCUAGCAGCUGUUCAGGAAAAGUUUCAUGAGCUUGAAAAACGAGUUCAAGAAUCUGUCAGUUUUUGUGCACCUGGAGUUCUUUUAGAAAGGCUUCGAGAUGCUGCUACUGCAGCUGAUGAUGAAUCAGAAAACUUACAUCAACAGCUCCUGGCUGGAGAGAUGGAACUAUCUGAUUUUAUUCAAAAAUACAAAAAACUCAGGGCAUCUUAUCACCGACGAACAUUAUUACAUCUAGCAGCAAAGGCCUCCAUAUCUCCAGGCUGAAGUGGCAGCAAAAUGUGUCUUCGUUGUAAACUGUUUUGAUAGUUAUUCUGUAUGCAGAAAUCAUGAUUUAUUUUUUGUAAAAAGUCAUUUUUAAAUGAAAGUUGUGAGCUACGGGUUUGUCUAAAGGAUUGGAGCACUUUAAUAGGGGGAGCUAAUGCCUGGUUGAGUAAUUUUUUAACAUUCCUCAAACUUUUUGGGCGAUUGCUAGCUACGGGUUUGUCUUCCCCUGUCAUGCAAUAUAUAAUUCUUUACACAAUAAAUUAGCUUGUAUUUUUUGAUGAGACACAUUCAAUCUUAUAAAUAUUUCUGGUGUA